CUCAACUUGGAAGGACAGCGGGACCCAGUGACUUCUCCCAGCGCUGAAAGCGUUAAAUGCCAGCAGGCGCUUCAGGGGUUUUUUUUAGCUGUUUUUAGUAACUUCCUCUUUCUUUCCGGAAAAACAAAACUUUAGAGCCGGAGAAUGUCCUGAACGCAGCGACGAAGUACCGACACUCAGCUUGGCGAGGCGGUGGGAGGAUACUGGAUGUUCCUGGGGGGUUUUCCAUGUUUACACAAAGGCUGGAAAUGAACGCGUUCCCCCGAAAGAAUGCUGACAAGCCUGUUGUUCUUCACUAGUAUCACACUCUGUCCUGACUUGGUAGGACACCGGGCAGAUCACGCCAUUGCUGAUGAAGAUGAUGGACAUAUCGUGGCUGCUGGAAAGAAAAUCAAAGAAAAAAACCCCAAACAAAAGCCGGCAGGAACCCACCAGUUAUUACCAGCAGAGAUGAAGUGCAGUUUGUUGAAUUUGGAUUUCGGGACCGACGCGUUUGACGAUCAGUACAGAGGCUGCUCGGAAAUACUGAGGGAGGAGAUCAUGCCCAAAGUCCUGACGAUGGAGAAAGCCCUCAAUCCAGUCUUCGGUUCCGCGUGGGAACAGGCGGAAUCCCAAUGGAAGCGAAUGAAGCCCACCUUCCGUCUUCCUGUCGGGUUUCGGGAUGAGUUUGGAACGGCCAUUCGAGUCUACACGACGGAUUGGCCGACGGGGAACCCGGUCUACAAAAUGUUCAACGGGAACGUCAGCGUGGGGGGCCGCUCCAGGGACCACUACAUGCAGCGCUUUCACUUCAAGGCUCUUCACUUCUACCUGACCAGAGCUCUGCAGAUCCUGAAGAAGAACUCGAAGAGGAAGCAUCAGGCGUACCGAGGAACCGAUCAUUCCCACGAGGUGUCUGAAGCCCCCCUCCGCUUCGGGAGAUUCACAUCGACGUCUCUGAACGUGGAGGUCGCCAAGGAGUACGGCUCGGGGCUGCUGCUGGAAAUAACCACCUGCUUCGGAGUCGACAUUCACAGAAUCUCCUUUUUCCCCGAAGAACGGGAGGUUUUGGUACCGGUGGCCGAGAAGUUCCGUUACGUCGGAAGGAAGGGAAACGUUUACGUCAUUAACAGCACUUGUGAACUGUGCAGCUACUUUAACUGCGCGUAUUUAGGAGGGGAGAAGCAAGAAGCGCCAGAGUGCAGCAGCUCCGCUGUUUGAAGGGACUUUGUGGCCGGAUCAGGGUCUUUGGGGGCCGCGCAGGAGCUGAACACGGUAAUAUCUACCGGCUCUUUCGAGCCUGACCUUCUGAAACAUCCCAGAAUCCUCAGCGCAGACUGUAUCAUAAUCCUCCCUUCAGCCCGAGCAGGAAGUUGUGAGCUGCUUCCUGUUCUCCCCCCGACAUGUUUUAGGGACUUAAUUACUAAACCCUUCCAACCUCUAAUGAAACCCCUCGGCUGAAAUCCCAAAAGGUCGCGAUAAAUAAAUAGCGAUAAUUCUGUGAAAAUCCUUAUUUCAAACCCCAAGAAAAUGUGCAAAUGUGCCGGCUGUUUCCGUGGUUACUGCUUAGGCGCACAUUGGGGGAUCGUGUGCAAUGAGUUGUGAGAUUGUAGCGCCGGGGGUCGUUGGUGGCGCCCCCGCCUGGAUGGUAACCAGGAGAGCAGGACUACCCUGUCCCCCAAUAACCUCUGCAGAGACCAGUGGUGGACAUGUUGGGCCCUUGGGGUUAGUUAUGGUGGCGCUAGCCCUUUUAGUAUCCAUGGUUGCCCGGGGCCCCUGCCUUCGGUACAGGGAAAUGCAUGGGGCGCUGCCGGUCCUGCUUCUUCCUCCCUGUCACGCAUGCGGGUGAUGGAUGCGAUUGCACAGUACUGGCUGCGCUGGGGGACGGGGGAAUUUGGGGCAGAAUGGGGUACUUGCAGAGACACAAACUCUGAGGUGACGGCGUCGGCCAUGUUUUCUGGGACACAUAUAACUUUUACAUAUUGCUGACCGGCCCAUAUACAGAGCUGCCCUGCACUAUGUGUGAUGUAUAAACCAUGGAAGGAAUUGAUUGUAACACGGAGAUAAAGCCUCUGCUCUUUUACUCGGCGCUGACUCCCGCUUGCUGUCUUCACUCGGUUCUCGGCCAACUGUCUGGAGUGAGGUCUAUCAGUGCAGACUGUCUCUCAUUAGACAGCCGGCCAGGUGGGGGCGCUGCCAAUGAUCUCCCAACAGAGCGCAGGAUUGAGCUGUGACAGCGCCAUGUUAAGAGGUAACCAUGGAGGGCGAUGGUGACCAGGGCAAGUACUGCCCGGAGGGGGUUGAACACUUUUGUGUCCGGUGCCGUAUCCUGUGAGCCGGUAAUAUAUUAUAUUGUGUGUAUUAUUGUGUAACUGGCCCAGAGACUGAAUGUGGCUGCAGCUCCAGCCUUCAAAGAGACGAUCAGGUAACCCGGCUGGGGCUCUUAAUCAGCCAGCACAGCCCUGUCUGCCCCGCCGGCCCCCGCACUACAGGGGGGGAAUAACACAGGUGGGGGGAUAACACAGGUGGGGGAACCCAUCGUAUCCCUUAAUCCCCUCACCUGAUACAUCCCCUGUAUACUGAUGGGAUUUGUGAUGGGAUGUGAGUGAUGGGAUUGGGGGUUGGGUUCGGUGCACAGUGAAUGGAGAUUGUAUAUAAAGUUCUGUGUGUUUGUAAAUAAAGUUCUUGUUUUACUGUGAA